AUGUAAUUAGAGGGUCCAAUAACUUUUGAAUUUAAUUGUUUCAAAAAGGGGUAGAAGGGCACAAAAUAAUACAAAGGAAUAUCAAAUAACAACAAGCUUGAUCUCUACAAAGUAGUAACGUUAAUUUAAUAGAUUUCAGGAGAACGCCAAGGCCCCAAAAUAUUCCUUACCCAUCUAAUUGUAAACUCAUAUCAAAUGGGAGGUUGAGGAAGAGAAUGUUAAUGGGAAGAAGCACUACAAAAUUGUGUCUUUCAAAUUUUAAUAAGUAAUUUGUGGCAAUUAAAUUUUAAGAUUAAACAGAUAAGAGACUCUUAAAUUGCUAAGGUUACUUGUUUUUUUGGAGAUGAUGUUACUCUUUCUAAAUUAAAAGAACAUCUGAGAAAUAAAAUAAUCUUCCAAAGAAUUUAAGAUUUCUACACACCUCUCCAAACCUUGGGAAAAGGAGCUUCUUCUAGAGUAUUAUUGGUGAGACAUAAGAACUCAGAACUCUAUUAUGCUGCCAAAUGCGUAGAUAAGUCAUAUGUCAACGAAACAGAAAAUGGAAUUGUAAUUAGCAUUAUUUUAAUAUCAAGGAAUCGAUGUUUCAGGAGAUUUCUAUCAAUAAUGACUUGGAUCACCCUUCAUUUAUCAAAUUACAUGCAGUUUACGAAGGCGACAACACUUUCUAUAUGGUAAUGGAUUUGCUGGAAGGAAAGAGUUUGCACGAUGAAUUAAAUAGCCACAAAAAUGGAUUUCCUGAAGAAAUAGUGCGUAAUGUGAUGUGGGUAUAACAUUUAUUUAAAAAUUAAUUUUUAGUAAAUUCUGACUGGAAUCGAAUACAUGCACAAGAAGAACAUUAUGCAUCGGGAUCUCAAACCAGAAAACAUAAUGUUGCAAAAGAAAUCUGAUUUGAAUUCUUUAAAAAUAGUAGAUUUUGGUUUGGCAACCUACUGCAAUAUUGACAAGUAACCACUAAUCAUCUAAAGUAAGGUAUUUGUUUCCUAAAUGCGGGACUCCUGGUUAUGUUGCACCAGAGAUAGCAAAUUUAAUUGAUAAAUCAGAAAAGUAUGACAAAGUAUGUGAUGUCUUUAGUGCUGGCGUUAUCUUCUUUAAAUUGUACUCUCUAUUAUUCUAUAAGUUGAUAGACUGACUGGCAAAGAUCUCUUCCCAGGUGUAGGAUUUAAUUUAGUAUUAAAGUUAAAUAAACAAUGUAAAAUUGAUUUGACUCCUUUGCAAAUGAAGAAAGUAGAUCCCAGCAUCAUUAAUUUGAUACAAAGAAUGCUUGAAAAAGACCCUUCCAAAAGAAUAUAAGCUAGUGCAUGUUUGUUGGACCCAUUCUUUGAUAAAAGCCACACACAAUAUCAAGAACUCAAGUUGUAAUAGACUUCCACUCAAAAAAAACAAUUCUUCUCUUCUGGAGGAAAGAAUUUUCAAACUCAAGAAUUUCAAAGUGAUUCACCUUAAAUAUAAAAUACAAAAUAAAUAGACAAGGGCUCUUUUGUCACCCAGGAUUGUGCAUUCAAAGGAUUUAAGGAACCCCAACAUGGUAAAAUCAUGUAAAAAUUCAAUACUACUGAAUUCGAUCAUGUUGAUCCUAAUGUCAAUGGAAGUCCUAAUGAAAAAAAAAAUAGUAAAUUUGCAAACGAUUAAAUAGAGGAGGAAGAUGAAAAAUGA